AUGGCGUGGCCAUCUCGGUCCACCAGCACGUGCACCACCGGCCCGCCCGCUUUGAGCCCGAGCUCACGCGCUUCCAGCACUUCAACUACUUGCCGCCGCUCACCGAGGUGCCCAAACUCACGCUGUCGGCGUCUUCGCCGGCCAGCUCGGGCAGCAGGGACCGGCGGGACGCCCGAAGAGGCGACAGACCCGAAGACCACGAGCGGAAAAGACUUCGGCACGACGACCUGCGCGAUCACAGACAGGGCGCCGAUCACAGACAGGGCGCCGAUCACAGACAGGGCGCCAUGGACGGCCGGCGCGACCACAAGGAGCGGCAGAACGGCUACUACCCCCGCCCCGAGAACACGCCCGACUUCCAGGAAAAGCCCUACGACGCUUACGAGAAAAACUAUGCCAGACCAUACGGGGCCGGGAUGGACAAGAACGACCGCUUCCGCUCCGACAUGGACAAGAACGACCGCUUCCGCUCCGACAUGGACAAGAACGACCGCUUCCGCUCCGACAUGGACAAGAACGACCGCUAUCGCCCCGACUUGGCCGACGACGCUGCGGCCAAAGAGUCGGAUCUUCUCCGUUUGCUCAACGAGGCCGACCGCCCUUCCAACCCGCUUACUCCGCUCACCAAAGCGGUGCAGAUGGUUGCGGCGGCCGAACAAAACUACCUCAAACGCUCGCCCGAGGACGAACAGGAAGACGAGGAGGGCCCGGAUUUUUUCGAAACCAUGCGCCACUUGA